AUGCUCAGCUCUGGUUUCAGGUCCCCGGUGGACCUGAAACUGACGCUAAACCCUAUUCUGCAGCACAUGCACCACAUUGCCAGCCUGGCCUCUAGCAGCCUGGCCUCUAGCAGCCUGGCCUCCAGCAGCCUGGCCUCCAGCAGCCGGGAGCUGCUUCAGCAGCUGGUCACUUCCUACCCCUACACACCCAUGGUCAUUGUCACCCUGCACACCUUCACCCAGCUGGCCGCCUCCUCGCUCAUCGACAUCACCAAAUGGUUACAGCUGUUUCUCCAGUACAUGAAGGAGGACCCUAGGAAUGCAGUCAAGAGACUGGCCAUCCAGGACUUGAAGCUCCUGGCUAAAAAGGCCACCUAUCUCUGGAACAGAGAAAACACUCAGGUGGGGUCUUGUGUCCCACACAUACCUGCAAAUUCCCUUCUCCAUAAUCCAACAGCGAGUGGUGAAUUAUCUUUCAUUGGUUAUUAUGAGGAUAAUCCAUGUGAUGCUUUCACCCCUCCUCGGCUCAUUGACCUUGUUAAGCUAGCGCAGGAAUGCUGUUACCACAGCAACCUGGCCUUCUCUGCCCAUGGAGUCACUGUGCCCGCCAACAUCGUCAUUUCCUAUCCAGAGAAAGACAUGAUGCAUCUGGAGCAGGACACCGUGAUGGGGGUGGAGUCUCUGCUGGUGCUCUGCAGUCAGGGCGACCGCCCCAGAACUCAGGCCACGCUCAAGAUGGCUCUCACCUCAUUGGUCCAGCUGCUGAAGAGUCGCCCCCACCUCAGCCAAUCGACUGUGGCGUUCCUGCUGUGCCAGCUGCACUCGGCCUGCGACCCCUCAAACGUGCUGAUAUGCCACGCCCGGGCGGCCAUCGCCACCCAGCUGCCCGUGCUGGGAUAGGGCAUGCUGGGGGAUCUGGUGGACUUCUACCGGGUGGCCAUUCACUCUUUCACCGACAAGCUGCAGGUGCUCCUCCUUUCCCUGGCGACUGUGGUGUUUGUGGCUAGCCAGUCGUCCCUGUCGGCGGAGGUGAAGACGGUGAUCAAGCAGCAGCUGGAGAACAUGGCCAUCGGUUGGCAGACCUCGCGCAUGGGUUGCCAUGAGUUCUCCAGCAAGCUGUACCAGAGCCUGCAGACGCAUGUGUCCUCGGAGCAUUUCUACUUCUGGCUCAACGGUCUGAAGGAGUUCUCCCAGGCCGUGCUGUGUCUUAGCGGCCUGGAGGACAGAGACUACAGUGUAGCUAUGGCGGCCAUCGCCGAGGCCCUGCGCUCUUACCAGAAGGGCAUCACCUCCCUGACGUGUGACGCGGUCAUAUCUCUGCUUAAUGUUGCACUGUCUUUCCAGAGGUACUUCUUCCAGAACCUCCAGUCAACCAGUAUUUUAAGGGAACUAACUAAACUUUCUCUCUCCCCAUCUCCUCGGACCCCAACCGAGCCAAUCCCGGUGCAGAACAACCAACAGCUGCCUCUGAAGGUGGAGGGCGUGGUGCAGCAUGGCUCUACCCCUGGAUUGUUCGGCAAGAUUCAGUCUGUCUGCCUCAACGUCAGCUCCGCUCUCCAGACCAAGACUGGUGGGCUGGAAUACUAGAUUCCACUGGUCAGCAAGACCAAUGAAAUUGAGCAGCGGGUGGAGCCCCACAACGACUACUUCAGCACCCAGUUCCUGCUCAUCUUUUCUAUCCUGGGCAGCCACACGGUCAACGUGGAGGCCUCAGUGGUGGACGAGAUCUGCAUGGAGUGGAAGACGCCCAAAAUCACUGUGUCGGUCAAGUCCCUGGAGGACCUUUACUCCCAGCAGCUCUGCCACCACCACCAACAGCAGCAGGCACAGCAGGCUAGGCCCAAGCCGGCCCCCCCAGAGGAGUAGUGUACAUGCCCGCUUCCAGUGAUACCCUCAUAAAACCCCUCUAACCCAUUGCCUUGUCCCGAAGGUCUUGGUUUGUUUCCUUCCCUUUCCUUCUCUGAAAUGACUGGACUGAAGAAAUAGAGGCAACGGUUUGGUGAACAUUCACCUACUCAUGGUUGCUUUCACUUAUCCAUUUAUUUUAGGUUAGUGUUCACAGAAUGGAGGAAGGGAGACAAAGCUAUGGAACGUUAUAGUUGAGCCCCCCCAGGAGGUUGCUUGUCUGGCAGAAUUUCAGGUGACUGUUUACUAAUAUUCUAUACAUUUUCCAAUUGUUAAAGACCACAUUUUACUGAAGCUCCGCAAUGUGAGUCUUUGUGCGAGUGUAGUUUAAUUCUUGUCACGUGGGGGAAGUAGGACAGAUGCCCAUUAUAUUAUACGGAUUGGCUGCGGAUCCGAGUUGUCUGGAAACCUUUUCCCAACAGCUAGAGCCAAAGCUUCUGCGCAUGUGCGGGACUCUCUACAUAACGCACAGUCUCUGCUCUGCUCGUUCGGCUGCCCAGAGAACAGGCUAAUCAGGCGUAUUUGUGGUGAAUGGUGCUUAUUUAAUGAAGUUAGAUCGAAGCUAAAUCAAUGUCUGCAAGAUCACAAUAUUAAUAUUCUACAUCACUUAAUAUAUCUUUGUGCCUUUAUUAGCUUUCAAUAAAGGACUUGUAAAGUGGAAAUAUAAAUGUUCA